AUGGCAGCGCGCUGCGGCGCCCCCUGGCGGGCGGGCGGGGCGCCGCCAUGGCCGCUGCUGCUGCUGCUGGCGCUGGCGGGAGCGGCGGCUGCGGCCGGGGAGCAGCUCAACGCCGAGGCAUGGCUGCGUCUCUACGGGUACCUGCCGCAGCCCAGCAGGCAGAUGUCCACCAUGCGCUCGGCUCAGACCUUCUCCUCCGCCCUGGCCGAGAUGCAGAGGUUCUACGGCAUCACCGUCACCGGCGUCCUGGACGAGGAGACCAAGGCGUGGAUGAAGCGUCCCCGCUGCGGGGUCCCAGACCAGUUUGGGGCGCGGACCAAGUCCAACAUGCGUCGGAAGCGGUACGCGCUGACGGGGCGGCGCUGGAGCCAGAGCCACCUCACCUUCAGCAUCCAGAACUACACGGAGAAGCUGGGCCGGGGGCCGUCGGCCGAGGCGGUGCGCAGGGCGUUCCGCGUGUGGGAGGAGGCCACGCCGCUGGCCUUCCGCGAGGUGCCCUACGACGACAUCCGGCAGAGGAGGAAGAAGGAGGCCGACAUCAUGGUGCUCUUCGCCUCCGGCUUCCACGGCGACAGCUCCCCCUUCGACGGCGUCGGGGGCUUCCUGGCUCACGCCUACUUCCCCGGCCCCGGCAUGGGGGGGGACACGCACUUCGACUCGGAUGAGCCCUGGACGCUGGAGAACACGGACGUGUCCGGGAACAACCUUUUCCUGGUGGCCGUGCACGAGCUGGGCCACUCGCUGGGCCUGGAGCACUCCAGCAACCCCAGCGCCAUCAUGGCCCCCUUCUACCAGUGGAUGGACACGGAGAACUUCCAGCUCCCCGAGGACGACCUCAGGGGCAUCCAGCAGCUGUACGGUACCGCGGAUGGGCACCCUCAGCCCACCAAGCCUUUGCCCACCGUCACGCCCCGCAGACCUGGCAGGCCAGACCAGAGACCCCCCAGACCUGCCCCCCCGGGGAAACCGGAGCGGCCGCCCCGACCCGGCGGCCCCGAGCGACCCGACCAGUACGGCCCCGACAUCUGCGACGGCGACUUUGACACGGUGGCGGUGCUGCGGGGGGAGAUGUUUGUGUUCAAGGGCCGCUGGUUCUGGAGGGUCCGGCACAACCGGGUGCUGGACAACUACCCCAUGCCCAUCGGGCACUUCUGGCGGGGCCUCCCCGGGGACAUCGACGCUGCCUACGAGAGGCACGACGGGAGGUUUGUCUUCUUCAAAGGUGACCGGUACUGGCUGUUCCGAGAAGCCAACCUGGAGCCCGGGUACCCGCAGCCCUUGGUGACCUACGGGCAGGGCAUCCCCUACGACAGCAUCGACACGGCCGUGUGGUGGGAGCCCACGGGACACACCUUCUUCUUCCGUGGGGACAGAUACUGGCGCUUUAACGAGGACACGCGCUCGGUGGACCCCGGGUACCCGAAGCCCAUCUCUGUGUGGGUGGGCAUCCCGCCCUCACCCAAGGGUGCCUUCCUCAGCCCGGACGCCUCCUCCACCUACUUCUACAGAGGCACAAAGUACUGGAAAUUCGACAACGAGCGGCUGAAGACGGAGCCGGGUUACCCCAAAUCCAUCCUGCGGGACUUCAUGGGCUGCCACACGGAGCUGGCCCCCGACCCCCACCCCCGCUGGCCCGACGUGGAACGACCCCCCUUCAACCCUGAGGGCGACGGGCAGGACGAGGAGGAGGAGGAGGAGGAGGAAGAUGAGGAGGAUUACGGCGCGGGCGGGCCGGGAGGGGACGUGGACGUGGUGGUGCAGAUCGAUGAGUACACGCGCACCAUGAGCGUGGUGAUGCUGCUGGUGCUGCUGCUGCUGCUGCUCUGCAUCCUCGGCCUCAUCUACGUCAUCGUGCAGACGCAGAGGAAGGGCGCUCCCCGCAUGCUCCUCUACUGCAAGCGCUCCUUGCAGGAGUGGGUCUGACCCUCCUCCUCCUCCUCACACGCCCCCUCCCCUCCACCAUGGUGCUAACGAUGGACUGACCUCCCCUUCCCUCUGCCCCCCGCCCCGCCACCCUCCCCUCUGCCCCACUUUUCAGCCUCAGCGAAGGAGGGGGGUGCUCACCCCUGUCUGGCUCUCCAGAUGGUGGGGAGGGGGCUGGAGGGCAGCCUGGUCCCUGCCUGUCACCCCUCCAGCCAUGCCCCUCAUCCCACUGCAGCGGGGUGUUCCUGGUGCAGGGGGAGCCCUGGGAGCCGCUCACCUGUGGCAGGGGGCACCGAGGCUGUGCCAGGGGGCACCGAGGCAGGGCUGAGCCCACGGGCACACGGCCCCUGAGCCGUGGGGGUGGGGGGAUGCGGUGCCUAAAGAGGGGGCUGGGGGGGAUGUGCCACAUUUGCAAUGCCCCCAGCCGUGGGCUCAGCUCAGCCCCUGUGCCAGUGUGGGGCAGAGCCCUGGGGACACAGGGGCCGUGGGCAGGGCCACCUCAUACGUGUAUUAAAGGGGUGGGUGUGUGGAGAGCGCUGGUGCCGUCCCUUUGUGUGUGGGGCUGGUGCCAGAGGGAGGGUGCCAAGGGGCUGGGUGCCACGCUGGGCAACGGCAGCCAGGACAGACGGUGGCCAUGCCCUCCCUCUGGGGCUCCUGUGGGUGAGGAGGGGGUCAGCAAGUGCAUCCCCCCCCGCCCCAGCAGCAGACAGAGCUGCCUUUCAGCAGCUCCCCGGGAGGGAACACAGCGGGGCCCUUGUUCUCCGGCCCCCAGCCGCCACCUCCCGUCCCCGGGCAGGGCCUGGGGCUGCUCCCUCCCCACUUACCGGGUGCUGAGUCCUUGUCCCGGCGCCUUUCCUGGGGGGAGGGGGCGGCUGGGUCCUGGCUCAUCGCUGCCGCCUGGGCACAGCAACCGCUGCAGAGAGCGCGGAGAGAGGGGUGGGAGGGGG